AUGAUUGUGGCGCAAGCAAAGAUCUUUCAUGAACAACUAAACCUUCAGCAUGCCUGUGAUUAUUCGCAAGGAUGGUUACACAAGUUUAAAAAUAGGCAUGGUAUGUCUUUACAUUAUGUGUAUGGUGAAAAGCGAGGUGCAGACAGUGAAGCAGCUGCCAAGUAUGUGAACGAAUUCGCGCAGUUUGUGGCAAAGGCGAAGUUAUCCCCAGAACAAGUGUAUAACGCUGGUGAGACUGCUCUAUAUUGGCGUUGUAUGCCUAGAAAAACGCUAGCUACAGAGAGUGAGGAGGCACCAACAGGUGGCAAGGACUCGAAGGGUAGGGUUACGGUCCUUGGUUGUAGCAACGCAGCAAGCACUCACUGGUGUAAGCUAAUGGUAAUUGGGAAAAGUGUCAACCCACGGGCAUUUAAAGGUGUGAAAAGUUUUCCAGUUAUCUACCGUGGUAACAAGAAGGGGUGGAUAACUACAAAACUAUGCCUAGAGUGGUUUGAAAGGUAUUUUGUGCAUGAGGCUAGAGCACACUGCAACUCAGUAGGCCUAGAUCCAAAGUGUAAAAUAGUGUUGAUUCUGGAUAAUUGUUCUGCCCACUCUAAGGCUGAACUUUUAGUGAAAGACAAUGUGGUUGGACUAUAUUUACCUCCAAAUUGUAUAUCUCUGAUUCAGCCUUGUGAUCAGGGCAUAUUACGCUCACUUAAGUGUAAGUAUAGAGCCGCUUUCAUGCGCCAUUUGCUCGCUGCAGUGAAUAAUGGGAAGCAUGUUUCAGCAUUCAUGAAAGAGGUUAACCUAAAGGAUGUUAUUUGGACACUUGCCUAUGCCUGGGAUAAGGUGACUCCAUCAACUUUGAAGAAUGGAUAG